AUGCAGCGGCUUAUCGAGGACAAGAAGCAAUAUUUGAAAGUUCCCAGUCUAGGAAAGGUUAAUGAUGUCGAGGUUUUUUUUUGUAAAUCGUCCACAAUGACUUUAUAAUGAGUCCUGCACAGUUUUUCCGAUUCGGCGAUUCGGCUGAAGUUAUGUAAUCCUGUAGAAAAAGUGCACAUAUAUAUUAAGUGGAUUUUGACCUAAAAACUAGUAAAAAAUUGUUAGAUUUUUUAAAAUUUCUCAGCUCUCACUAGGGAGUGAUCGGCCGCCAAAAUAGAACUAAUUACCUAUAUUUUAUCUGUUGAAAGAUUAUGUGUAAUCGCACGUUGUACACAUGUUAUGACUUGACAAAGUUUAAAAUUUGUGUUUGCUACCGUAGCUCGAAAACUAGGAAGUUUGCAUUCAUCUGCAAGUUUCAGUCAAAUCGUACCCCCAACACUCUAUUCCUUGUUAGUUCUUGUUCACAAAUUCCAUAACCAAUGACUCAAAAAUGUAAUAGCGCCAACGUAGCCAAAUUUCUUUGCUUCAGGAACUCGGAUAUAGAGUUGUUCGAGAAUGGCUCACAAAUAAUGGACGAACACUUUCCGAGCGGCAGUGGACAACUGUUUCGAAAGCAUUGGACAAGUGUACUUUGCCGCUUUUUGUGAAACUGAUCUACGCUACUGUGGCAAGAUGGAAAUCUUAUUCGCGCCCACAGGACACGGUUCUUUUUUCAUCUUUACAAGAAAGUAUUAACGUUUUGUUUCAUAGAACCGAAAGUCAACAUGGUACAUCUUUUGUUUAGCUCAGUGGUAAUUCUCAAGUUUUAGGAAAACUGCUCGUUUCGCAUGCGUUGUCCUAUAUUUCUGCUGCAAGAUCCGGAAUCAGCGACUCUGAAGUAGAAGAUCUAGUAAAGAGAAACAUUCUCGGACGGACAUAGUUUCACGUUUAGAUAUCACUAGACGACAAAGUUCUCGACGAUAUAUAUCAGUAUCAUCUGCCGCCCGUGAGAAGAAUACCUCCAUUACUGUGGAGUCGAAUAAGAUCUGACCUGCCCGGAUAUCUUUCGGAAAGAGCUGCUGAUGGAGUUAUUGUGCUGAACUGGUUUGCAAUAUAUAACUAAAGCUAUUUAUAUAACUGAAACUGCUUCCAAGGUAUCAUCAACAGUUUCGUCAAGUUGCUAUUGAGAGAUAUUUCAAAAAUGUGAAUCAUUUGGAAACUUGCCACUCAGCUAUGGCCGAGUACUUUCUCGGUGUUUGGGGUGGAGUUCCUAAGCCUUAUCAAUAUACGGAAAUGCAGAAACAGCGAUUCGGAGUCACAGAGAAUGAAGGUUAUAACAUUGUGAAAAUUAAUCUGGUAGAUGGAUCGAAUUAGACACGAAAACUCUCUAAUUGCAGUGCUGGCCAAAAGUUUAUCAAAAAUCGCUUUUUUGAAGAUAAUUUUGUUCAUAGUUAUCCGGUAUCCUCAGGGAAUAUAACUUAUAUUCCAAACGAUUUACUAGAGGAGUAAGAACUGAAAAUGGUUUAGGACUUGCCGAUCGCAAAGUACCAAGACAGCCAAAUGUGUUCACUUCAAAAGAUGGAAGUCACAGAUAUAACACACGAAAACUGAACGAACUACCGUAUCAUCUAUUGCGGUCAGGAAGAGUCGAUGAGCUCUUAUCGCUUUGCCUUUUUGACUAUGAAUUUCUUCAUUCAAAAGUAAGUGUCGGCCAAUGAACUGAGAGUAUUGUUACGUAUUUGAACAGGUUUCAAGUUUUCCACUACAAUCACUCAUAGCUGAUUACGAAGACGCUAUUCAGACGAUAAAGGAUAUCGAAAUUUCAAGACAGCUAGCACUAGCCGUUGAUGCUCUACGACUUUCAGCAAGUAUAUUGAGGCAUUUAAUAUAUUUAACCGAAACAUGAUACACACAUGUUUUUUUGCAGUCGUAAUCCCGGUAUGCUAGCUUUUGAGCUCUUAGGACGACUACUUCCACUUGUACAAACCAACUCUUACGUCAGCAAACUUCUUAUAAAGUAAGACAUAUUUCAGAAUUUUGCUGCCGUAAUAGCGCUUUAUUGAACUUUUUAAACAACGUUUUAUUAUGAGCUUGAGAACGCACAAAGCGCCGUAGAAAACUAGAAUUUUGUUGAACAGAUGUGACAAAGAAGCGCCACACCACAACGCUUUCAUUCCCGCUCAUCAUUGCUUCCAUUCUCCCGGAGGUCCUUUGAAAUUCUCAUUGGAGGUCAGAACAGUUGUUCAGAAAAUUUUGAUUUUAAUUUUGUUACAGGAGCACCAAUUUGCUGUCUUUGGCAUGCAGAUAACAUCCGAUAGAAAGCUACUCGUUUCCACCUCCAAUCAGAUUAUAGUGUGGGAUAUUUCCACCGGUAAGUAUAUUUUCAUUUUUUAACAAAGUAAAGGUGUCAUAGCUUCUUUUCUUUAUCGGUGUGUCUAUUAGACAUUAUUAGACAUUAUUGGAUGUUAAUAAGUUCUAAUUUAAUCGCAAUCCAUUUACCAGAGGGCCUUUGGCGAAUGAUUGUCAAUUUUUAGGUGACAUUGCAAGAGUCAUCAAUCCUAAUAUUGAUGGCGUAUUCUUUGGACUAGCAUUAUCAGAAAAUGACAAGUUUGCUGCCGCGUAUACUAACAACAAUCAAGUAAUCGUCGCUUCGUUAGUCUCUGGAGAAUUCGUUACAAUAGAUCCCGAGUUCUUCUUCACGCAGAUGGAAAUACAAACGGUGAUCCUAUGGUACAGUAUUUGAAGUAUCUUGAUUUCAGAUCCGUUUCAUCGGAAACACGAACAUUUUAAUGUUUUCGAAAUCUCGAUACUCGAUUUAUACCGUCAAUGGGAUACUUGUCAGUCAAGGAAACGAAAAUGUGCACGACAAAAUGGUAUGCAUCUUGGGACCAAAACUUGUUUUUUGAAAUUUGAAAUUUCCUCUAUAUUAUUAGUAAGAUUGCAGAAAAUUGUCAACAUUUCCUCUCGGGACAGUGUGAACUUCUUGUUACUUCUUUCAAGCGAAAUAGACGAAUGGAGCCUGGUGCUGAAAGGAACGUUAGAUGGUAAUUUGGAAUGAAUACAGUGUGUUUUAUAAGAAUAGGACCACCCUGAAAAUUGAAUAUAUCACCUCUAUCAUGGACUACCCUAAAAUUAUAAACUCUUUGACUCAUUCAUCAGUGACUAAUAUUAUCUUUGGCUGACUCAUCAUUGACCCAUGUUCUCUUUGACUCCCCUUAACAGUUUUUAGCUGACUUUAAAAAAAAUUAUCGGUGAACAUGAAAUUUCGAAGGUCAGACAUAGGCUGGUCGAACAUACGAUUUCAGGCGCCUGUUCGACCAGCCUAGUCAGACACAUUUUGAGCCCGUGCUCAGCUUAGAGCUCACGGAACCACGUGACACUUAUUUCAGCACCGCAGGGUCAUUAGGGUGAUCACUGGCUCAAAUAUUAAUAAAAUGUGAAGUUAUUUUUUUAUCAUAUGAUAUGAUUCAUAUCGGACUUUUACAUUUAACGAACUCCUAUACCCCCCGCAAUUAUGUCAGUUCGAGAUCUUUUUAACUAAUGUUGAAAUGUUCACCGACCUAGGUAAACCGUUUGUAAUCUAGCUAGCUAAUUCGCGUUUCCAACGGGACCUAAUUAGAUUACUAAUUUACUGCGAUUAGAUUGCAAAUUCAUCUAACUGGACUGAUAAAUUUUCUAAUUAGAUUGGCGAAUCUAAUUAGAUUGCAAACACACUGAUAUUAGAUUCAAAAUUUAUCGAAUUAGAUUAAAAUUUCGGGCAAACCUAGCUAGAUUAUGUUUAGAUUGCAAAAUCAGCUAAAUAGAUUCAGAAAUCGGUAGCAAUCUAACUAUAGGUCCCACGGCGCGGCUUUUGCGUUCACCAAACGUUUGAUCCUCUGUCUGUGCAUUUUUGCACGCCUGUGUUGAUCUGCGUACAGUGCAUUUUAUGUUAUUAUAGGGGCACCGCACAGAAAUGGCGCUCUGUUGAGAAACUCUUUUUGCAGUGUAAAUUGAACGGCCUCGGGGCCGAGUUUGAAAAUUUAGGCCACGUUUUCAGUGGAAAAUUUAAAAAAAAAACUUCGCGGCCUAGAAAUUCGGCCAGAUUGCGAACAGCGCGCCCUUUCUGUCCGGUGCCCCUAUAAUACGCGCAAAGUUCUUUUUUUUAUUGUUGAUGAAUUUUCUCCAAAUAUUCAUCUCUUUAAAGCGUUUUUCCCCACUUUCUACCUCAAUUAGACCUUUUUACAGAUUCUAGGUGAAGUACUACGCGAAGAAAAGUCGAUACAAUGAAAAGAAACGCGUAAGUAAGUGAAAGUAGGCCGAUACUCCGAGGGGGCACCCAAGUAGGGGGCAACGAGGGGGCAACGCCCUCCCAGGGGUCAUCCUCUCCUAGGGGGCAAAAAAAAAGUAACCCUCCUUGAGUAUUGAGUAUUGAGUAUUGUGAGAGUGUCAGAGGCAGGAUGCCCCUUUGGAGGAGAUGCCCCUUUGGAGGAGAUGCCCCUUUGAAGGAGAUGCCCCUUUGGAGGAGAUGCCCCCUGUGAGGCGACCCCUGGUAGGGGCCAGGGAUAGGAUGCCCCUUUGGAGGAGAUGCCCCUCUGAGGUGACCCCUGGGAGGGUGGCAGGGGAUCAAAGGAUGCCCCCUUUGAGGUGAUGCCCCUCUGAGGGUGACCCCUGGGAGGGUUCGUCGGUUGCCCCCGGUAGGGAACGGCUAGAUGCACCCUAAGAGUGAUUGCCCCCUAGGAGAGGAUGACCCCUGGGAGGGCGUUGCCCCCUACUUGGGUGCCCCCUCGGAGUAUGGGCCGUGAAAGUAAGGUUUUAUUCAGAAAAUGCACGAUUUCUCGAAAAACGUGACUAGAUUUUCUAAUCUUUGGUUAAAAAACUUUUUUUUUUUUUGCUUCUACGAACUGUCACUCUGCUUUUUUUUUGGUUCGAAAACAUUCACAGUCAUGUAAGUGAACUAUUUAAACAAAAAAAUUAGAAAAUCUAGAGAGGGUUUUUGAGAAAAAAAAAUUUUCAACGAAAUGUCACUGUUUUCCGGCAAAAGACCAAUUUUUACGCGAAAGCGAGCUGUCACUCUACUUUUUUUUAUUUGAAAACAUUCAUAGUAAAGUUAGUGAACUUUUUAAAUCAAAAGAUUAGAAGAUCUAGAGACGUUUUUCGAGAAAUCGUAUAUUUUCUGAAUAAAACAUUACUUCCAUUUACUUACGCGUUUCUUUUCAUCGCACGUCUCUUCGCGUAUUACUUUAUCUGGAAUCUGUAAAAAGGUCUAAUUGAGGUAGAAUCGCUUUAAAGAGAUGAAUAUUUGGAGAAAAUUCUCAACAACUAAAAAAAUGAACUUUGCGCGUAACAUAAAAUGCACUGUACGCAGAGCCACACCGACGCGCAAAAAAAUGCAUACCCCCUUCCCCUAAACUCUUUUAUGGAAGUUCAGAGCCUUUUUUGAAGUGGCUUUACAAUGGUUAAACAUUAUAAUCAACUGAGCACCUAUACUCGGCAAGAGCGCGCCACGUUUGCGCAAACUUUACGCAUAUUUUGCGCAAAAUUAGCGCAGCUUCUGCUGGCUAGUUGCGCAAAGGCUGCGUAAAGUCUGCGCAAAAGCUGCCAGUUUUAAAAUUUUGCGCAAAUGCCGCUUAAAAAUUUUCAGUUUAUUUCCACUUCAUUUCUGCAUGAAAAAACAAUUUUAUUGGGAUAGUAUAAAAUAGAAACAAGUAUCAUUUAGAGAUCAGUGAUUGUAUGGUCUUCGUCACUUUCAUAACUCAAAAAAGACACGUUGUUAUAAGUGAAAAUGCAGGCUAUGUAGGAGACACCAUCCUCAAAUUUAGCGUCCUGGAAGCAGAUCGAUGACCUAAAAACCUAAAAACAAGAACACCCAACGGCACUCCUUUCAGAAAGGCACCCUCUCAUUUCAGAACAACGCCGUUGUGAGAGUAAAUGUUUCCGGUUAUCUUUCGGUAAAUUUCAUUAUCAAAUCAUAAAAUCUACCAAAAGAAUUACCUAGAAGAUAUAUUGGUAAAUGAGUUCUUCGGUAGAACACACUGAAUCCUUGGCAUACAUGUCGCAUGUACUCAGACAAAUCAAUUCGAAUCUAAUUAGAUGAUCUUAGUUUCUAACGCAACCUUUUUAAAUUUUUAAUUUUUGACUCUAGAUGAGCAAACGCGAACAAAAGGAAGGAUUGACAGUUUUCAUUGUGAUGCAGCUGUGACAUUCACUGAUAAUCUUCUUCGAGACGGUUUUGCAUGUAUCAGAAACAAAGGUAUUGUCAAAAUAAUAUUCUUGCCCCCUACAGUAGCCCCAUAAUUAUUAUAGGGGCACCGCACAGAAAUGGCGCUCUGUUGAGAAACUCUUUUUGCAGUGCAAAUUGAACGGCCUCGGGGCCGAGUUUGAAAAGUUAGGUGGAAAAUUACUUCGCGGCCUUGAAAUUCGGCCAGUUUGCGAACAGCGCACCCUUUUUCUCUGGCAUUUCGUUAUUAAUCUAAUCGCAGUCUACUCGAGUUAUACGGCGGCCUAAUAAGAUUGAUAUGACACCUAAUUAGAUUAAUAAAUUGUCUAGCUAGAUUAAUAAAUCUUCUAAUUAGAUUGAUAUGUGCUCAAAUCAAGUUUCACGCCAACCGUCUGCUGGCUCAAAUCUCGAUUGCGCCAAGAAAAAACAGUCGAAUCUAAUUAGGUCGCGUUUAGAUCAGUAACUUUCAAAUUAGAUUAUUAUCGAAUUUCCAGAGUUUGUCUAGUGUUCCUCACAGUGUGUGAUUUCGGAAGAAUGAAACUCGAAAGAGGCUGAUUUCGAAGAAAUUGCGACUAAAAAUCGACAGAUUCUCUCGCAUUCUUUCUUGCGAGAGAAAACCGAUUUUCUUCCGGAAGAUUCUCUCGCAUUUCUUUCGCAGGAAAUGCGAGAGAAUCUAUCGAUUUACUUUCGAAAGAAAUUCGGCAGAUCUGCCGAAAAGAAAUUCGGUGUUUCCUUUUUUUAAUUUUAUUUUUUUAUAUUUUUUUGUUUUAAAUUUUAUUUUAUUUUUAUAUUUAUUUUUUUAAUUUUUUUAAAAAAUUUUUCACAGCCUGAAAAAAAUUAAAAAAAUUUUUUUAAAUUAAUUUUUUUCACAGCCUGAACAAAUUAAAUCUCUCGAGAUAUCUUUCGAACUGCUUUCAAAAUCACACACUGGUGCCCCUUUAAUAUGAGCGCGAAAAUGUUUAGGAAUUAGGCACGGGGUCGUCAUGGGUACAUCGAAAACUAAAAUUUGAACUUCCGCCGACGGUCGAUUGCGUAGCGCCCCUAUCUUAAAGCAUUAGGCCAAAGCAAAAAUUUUGAAAAUUUCAGUAGAGCGCACUUGCGCCAGUGUACCCCGCCACGACUCCGUGUUAGGCUGGUCGAACAGGCGAAAACAGGCGCCUGCGCCUGUUUUUUCAGGCGCCUGUUUUUCAGGCGCCUGUUUUUCAGGCGCCUGUUUUUUCAGGCGCCUGUUUUUCAGGCGCCUGUUUUUUCAGGCGCCUGUUUUUCAGGCGCCUGUUUUUUCAGGCGCCUGUUUUUUCAACGCGCCGCUGCAUCCCUGCGUUGAGAAAACAGGCGCCUGAAAAAACAGGCGCCUGAAAAACAGGCGCCUGUUUUUUUCAGGCGCCUGUUCGACCAGCCUAUUAGGAAUUAUCAAGCGAUGCGCAGUUUUUCCGCUCAAAUGAGACCCUCAAACAUUCCUGAUGCAUUUUGCCUGAAACUCGUCCAAACUCCCCAAAUCUUGCUGAUGCUAUCAGACAAGCGACCCAGCUCAAAAAAAACGGUACACAAAUUUCGGUGAGCAGCAACUCUCACGGAACUCUUUUGACGAGGUUAUAUUAUAGGGGCACCGCACAGAAAUGGCGCUCUGUUGAGAAUCUCUUUUUGCAGUGCAAAUUGAGCGACCUCGGGGCCGAGUUUGAAAAGUUAGGCCACAUUUUCAGUGGAAAAUUCUUCGCGGCCUAGAAAUUCGGCCAGAUUGCGAACAGCGCGCCCUUUCUGUCCGGUGCUCCUAUAAUACUUAGGUAGUGAGAUGAAAGUUCACGUAUGCAUUUCUCAAUUUCUCCGUAAAAACAAUUGUUUUUCAUAACUCUGGUUUCAAAAUUUUACUCAAUGUUUAGGUAACUUGGAUCCCGAAGAAGACCAAUACUUUUCGUUUGUAAGAAUAACCUUGUCAACGUCGAAAUACAUAAUUAGCGAGAGAAUACAAGAUGACCUCACGAACCGAAUCAACUAUAUCAAAGUGUUCGACAGAAGGAAUAGCAAACAAGCGUCAUGGAUAGUUGGAGUCAUAAUAGAUGUAUUUAACAACAUUUAUUUAUUUUCUGCCUUUGUCGCGGGGUGCUUGAGGACCACCGUUGUCAACCGUAACCACCAGAAUCUCUGGGAACUCGAUUGCAAUCUAAUUUGAAGAGUUUGCAAUCUAAUUAGAAAAGGCCAUAUUUCGCAAUCUAAUAAGAUUUAUUAAUUAAAGUUGCAGUGAAAUCGUACUAAAUUACAGUAAAUUUUUCCUGAAUUGCAAUAUGAUAAGAAAAAUUGCAAUGUAGUUAGACAAAUUGCAGUGAUUGCAGUCUAAUUGCAGCAAAUUCUACUGUUGAAAAAGAAAAGGUUCGACAUUCGAAUCGGAGUUGGCAGCGAGCCAAGGACACGCCCCCAAACAGUUUUCACUGCAACUGCCGCACGCUGUUCAGGGGGCGUGUCCUUGGCUCGCUGCCAACUCUGACUCGAAUGUUGAACCUUUUCUUUUUCAACAGUAUUUUAAACGAGCCUGGCGGUUAUGGCUGACAGCAGAAGUCUGCGUACCGUAUACCGCGCGACAGCACACAAAAAAUAUCCUUUUGAAUUUCUCCCUUUCCAGUGCUUUCUCUUGUAUCGUGAUCGAUGCCAACUCACGCCAGUUUUUUUGAAACUUCCCGCUAACGUGAGAAACAUUCCAAUUCGUCCGAACCAUACCACUACUGCGAUAACGCUUGCCGCCCAUGACACAGUUUUUGUUGCUGGAGUUCGCAAGCAUCUCUUCUUAUGGAAUGUGGUAACAACCGAGGUAAUUCUCAGUCGAGAUUGUGAAAAAUCUGGUUUUCCCACAGCUUCUCCGCUCUCUCGAUGCUCAUUUCGGUAGGAUUCUCAAUUUGGACUCUAUCAGUCAGCAGGGUCAAAGUAUUCUGAUUUCCUCGUCAUUGGAUCACACUAUAAAGAUUUGGAACAUGGAAAAUAUAUGCGAGAAGUCAUUCUCAGUGCCGGCGAUGGAGCAGUCGAUUGAGAAAAUAUCCGUGGCGAAAGAUAAUCCAACACUGGCUGCAGUCCAGACGAGAAAAAACAUUGGAAUUUGGGAUGUGAAGUACUUUUUCAUCUCUUUUCUAUCACAGGGUGUCUGCAAUCGCGUUCUAUUGAGAAACUUUUUUCGCAGUGCAAACUGCAGUGAUCUCGGGGCCGAGUUCUCAGGCAAAUCGUUUGUACUCAAGUUAGGAGAUUUCCUAAACCGAGUUCCUAAAAUAAAUGGGGAAUCUUCAGCUACUUGCCCGCGCAAAAGGAAAGAGAUGAUCAUUUAACAGAUGCCUCUGCCAGAUUCAUCUUAGAUAAGACUCUGUGUGUAAAAAAGUUGUGUCUUAGCUUCGAUUUUGGAGUCUUCCAUCGGUAAACGUGACUCCGUCCAGUCCGUGUAGUGUUUAGGCGUAGGAAAAAGUCAUCAGGAUUGAUGUCGACUUUGUUAGCUAACAAUUUGAUUAAAAACUUCUUAUCUAAAUGUGAUCGGCGAGUUUCAAGUGAUUCGAGGUUAAAUUGACGGCGACGUUCACUGGCGUUUAUGUAGUUUGGCGAAUCUCGAGGUACGAAAGCUCCUAUUUUCCGUAACCAAAGCUUACGAGAGAAAUUACUCUGAACCUGUUCUAUUGCUCUUAUCGUAGCUUUUUUAGAAGGACAUGUGACAAUAGGUUAAUCUAAUUAGAUGAAUUUUGAGUUUUUGAACUUUGCGCGUAUUAUAGGGGCACCGGACAGAAAGGGCCGUUCGCAAUCUGUCCGAAUUUCUAGGCCGCGAAGUAAUUUUCCACUGAAAACGUGGCCUAACUUUUCAAACUCGGCCCCGAGGUCGCUCAAUUUGCACUGCAAAAGGAGUUUCUCAACAGAGCGCCAUUUCUGUGCGGUGCCCCUAUAAUAUAGCAGUGUUUUUGCAAUCUAAUUAGAAAAUUUAUCAGUCUAUUUAAAAGAAUUUGCAAUCUAAUCGCAGUAAAUUAGCAAUCUAAUUAGGUCCGGUUAGAAACGCGAAUUAGCUAGCUAGAUUACAAACGAUUUACCUGAGUAGAAACUAUUUGCCUGAGUUUGAAGAAAAAUGAAAAAGUACGACCACAUUUCCACUGAAUAAUAACUAAGAAUUACUUUGCGGAGGAAAACCUCCCAUAAUAAGCUGCUGCCAAUUUAGAUGCGUAUCGACACAAAAGCGUUGUGGGUGAUACGGAGUUUCUGUGUUUUUUCUUAAGCUGCUACUUUCUUUGCUUUUUCGCAAUGUAGCGCAAAUGCAUCGACGUCGUGCUCGACACCCCGUGUGUCUUAAAUAUGAUGAUACACGGUCUCCAGAGCUGACAAUGGACGCAAGUGCGCCCCGCCCAAUAGAGCGAAACAUUGGCGCGAAAUUCAAAAUUUAACAGCAAAAUUUGUGUUUUUUGCCAGAUUAGCCACGAAAAACCGAUAAUUUCUCAUUUGUCUCUCGAUAGACCGAUUGAAUAGGCUAUUACGAAUUUUUUAAGCGCAAGAGCGUCAAAUUUGGCGGUUCGAGCUCUCAAAAUGCUUGUAUUUGAUUUAUCAUUCUCAAAACCAAUUCUGUCUGAAAACGGUCAAGAAAGCGCAAAAUGAGAAGUGCGGUUUUUAGGCGGCGAUCGGCGGCUAUCGGCAGCGAAGGCGAAAAAGCAAAGUCCGCGAAAAAUGCGCCAAAACGUAGUGUGUUUUCAUGUCGAACAAUCAUUUUUCAUCGCCUUUGACGACAAAAAUCAGAGAAAACCUGCUCAAUUCAUGAAAACGCCAUUUGGCCGAGGCCACGCCCAUAUUGUCAGCUCUGGAGACCGUGUGAUAGUAUAAAUAACUUUUCUGUGCCAGAUCUCAUCGUUAUAUCGCUUCGUUGGUUGCAAAUGUUCAUGGUGCUGUCGUUUCUGAUUCUAUGCUAUCGGCGGACGGACGGUAUUGAAUAUUCUAUCAGCGGAGGACUUCAGUGUGAAUGCGCUCUAUUGAAAAUCGCGAGAACGGCUCGUGGACGAAAGUUCGAAAGUUGGAAGAGAAAACACGCACUUGUCCCCCGGUCAUUUUGCGAGCAUUUUUCGGUGUUUUGUGCAAUUUGUUAAAUAAAGAGACCGUGUCAAAACAGCGGAAAAUCACGAAACAGCGGAAAAUCACGAAACAGCGGAUGCCAUAACAGCGGAAAGAAAUGCCAAAACAGCGGAAAGCGAAAAAGUUUUUUUAAAAAAGCGUUUUGUUGGCUGCCUAAUUAUUUGUCUAGGCCACAAUUAAGAAGAUUAACCAAUCAGCGAGCUUCAAAUUAGACCUCGAGGUGUUUUUGGCAUUUCCUUCCGCUGUGUUGACACGGUCUCCUAUGGGGUUAUUCAGGCUGUGAAAAAAAUGAUUUUUUCACAGCCUGAAUAACCCCAUUAAUAAAAUAUGGCAUUUUUUGUUUUCUAGUAAAAAUGUUUUACUUUUUCGUGUUGUCAGUAAAAUUUAAGGCAGUACUCGAAAGUUUUCUUUCUAGAAAGACGAAAAAGUGAAAUUUUUUCACUGAAAAAAACGAGAAAUUCCAUGUUUAAUUUAAAAAAUUGCAAAAAUCACCGUGCGCGUUUUUCUCUUUCACCGUUUUCGCCUGCGAAUUCUCAAUAGAGGGCGUUCACAUUGAAAUGACCCGGAUAGUAGGGAGGAACAAUUUUUUUUGAAUUUUGACCAAAACCUCAAAUUUGAAAAUUAGGUUUGGGAGGGGUGCUUUUGUGAGGAUCAGGCAAAUCGUUUGUAAUCUACUAAGGAUGUUUCGUAAUCUAAACCGAGUUCCUCUGGAAACUCGAUUGCAAUCUAAUUAGAAGAGUUUGCAAUCUAAUUACAUUAAAUUAGCUAUCUAACUAAGUCCGGUUAUAACCUUUCUAUAGAAACGCGAAUUAGCUAUUAUGGGGGCACCGAACAGAAAUGGCGCUCUGUUGAGAAACUCUUUUUGCAGUGCAAAUUGAGCGACCUCGGGUCGAGUUUGAAAAAUUAGGCCACAUUUUCGGUGGAAAAUUACUUCGCGGCCUAGAAAUUCGGCCAGAUUGCGAACAGCGCGCCCUUUCUCUCCGGUGCCCCUAUAAAAGCUAGAUCAUAAAGAUCUGAAACGAUUUGCCUGAGACGUUAUUCAUUAAAAACCAUUUUCUUACCACGGAGAUGAAUUAUUAUAGGGGCACCGCACAGAAAUGGCGCUCUGCUGAGAAACUCUUUUUGCAGUGCAAAUUGAGCGACCUCGGGGCCGAGUUUGAAAAGUUAGGCCACGUUUUCAAUGGAAGAUUACUUUGCGGCCUAGAAAUUCUGCCAGAUUGCGAACAGCGCGCCCUUUCUGUCCGGUGCCCCUAUAAUAUUACUGUUGAAAAAAAAGGUUUGACAUUGGAAUCGAAUCUGGCAGCGUGCCAAGGGUCGGCCUCCAAAACGAAUAUGCAGCACGGUUUGUUUUGCAAUCAUGCCGCACGCUUUAUUGUUCUUCGUCUAUGUUUUUUUAUUGUUCUUCGUCUAAUAGUUUCCACUCAAGUAAAUCGUUUCUAAUCUAGCUAGCUAAUUCGCGUUUCUAACCGGAUUUAGUUAGACUGCUAAUUUACUGUGAUUAGAUUGCAAAUUCGUCUAGACUGCCAAGUUUUCUAAUUAGAUUGGCGAAGCUAAUCGGAUCGCAAAAACACUGAUAUUAGAUUCAAAAUUUAGCUAAUUAGAUUAACAUUUCGGUCAAACCUAGCUAGAUUAUGUUUAGAUUGCAAAAUCAGCUAGCUAGAUUCAGAAAUCAGUAGCAAUCUAACUAGGUCCGGUUAGAAACGAGAAUUAGCUAUUAUAGGGGCACCGGACAGAAAGGGCGUGCUGUUCGCAAUCUGGCCGAAUUUCUAGGAAGCGAUGUCAUUUUCCACUGAAAACGUGGCCUAAUGGGGCUAUUCAGCGUAUGUUUGUUUUCCGUUUUUUCGUUUUUUUACACCGCUGAAUUGGGUUUUUUGACGUAAAAUAACGAAAAAAAACGGAAAAAAAAGCUUUUUUUCACAGCCUGAAUAACCCCGUAACUUUUUAAACUCGGCCCAUUAGGGCAUUUAAUUCCGAGGGUACAACAAUUUUGGGGCACAACAGGGUACAAUCUAUUUUGGGGUACAACUUUUUUAAUUUUGGGGUACAACUUCCCCGAUUUUAGGGAAUAAUUUCUGUCAAGUAUUUUAGGGUACAAUAAUUUUAGGGUACAACACUUUUAGGGCACAACUAGCACAUAAUUUCAGGGCACAACUUCUUACAAUUUUGGGGCACAACAACAUGAUUUUAGGGUACAACACUUUUUUUCUCAUUUUUUUGUAUUUUCUUGCAUCUUACUACAAACCCAUAUUCUUUAUAUCAAUAUUUCGCUGAUUUUUUUAUUUCAAUGACUCAUCUCUUGUAAGAGAACCAGUCUUUCGACUCGCACAGCACGCGUGCUUUCUGCGGCAGUUCACACAUUUUGUUUUCAUCAAAUCGUGAGGUUAUUCAAAACCUUUUAUUGCAAAAAAGCAUAUGACAGUAACAAGUUGAGCACAAAUGAACGGAUCUGAAAUAAAGAGUAGUUAAUCUAGUCUAUUGUCUAUUGUUUUCUUGCAGUAGAGGUUUUAGUGCACCACAAAAUAUGCUCCCAAGGGAAGCCUUGAUCCUAUUCUCAUAAACCCGCCUUAUUAAUAGAGCUAUUUAAAACCCAGAUUAACUACUCUUUAUUUCAGAUCCGUUCAUUUGUGCUCAACUUGUUACUGUCAUAUGCUUUUUUUGCAAUAAAAGGUUUUUGAAUAACCUCACGAUUUGAUGAAAAACAAAAAUGUGUGAACUGCCGCAGAAAGCACGAGUCGAAAGACUGGUUCUCUUACAAGAGAUGAGUCAUUGAAAUAAAAAAAUCAGCGAAAUAUUGAUAUAAAAAAAGAAUAUGGGUUUGUAGUAAAAUGCAAGAAAAAUACAAAAAAAUGAGAAAAAAAGUGUUGUACCCUAAAAAUCAUGUUGUUGUGCCCCAAAAAUUGUAAGAAGUUGUGCCCUGAAAUUAUGUGCUAGUUGUGCCCUAAAAGUGUUGUACCCUAAAAUUAUUGUACCCUAAAAUAAUUGACAGAAAUUAUUCCCUAAAAUCGGGGAAGUUGUACCCCAAAAUUAAAAAAGUUGUACCCCAAAAUAGGUUGUACCCUGUUGUGCCCCAAAAUUGUUGUACCCUCGGAAUUAAAUGCCAAAAAAAACGAAGAAGAGCAAACCGUGCCGCAUAUGCGUUUUGGAGGCCGGGCCUUGGCACGCUGCCAGAUUCGAUUCCAAUGUUGAACCAGUAAAACUGUAAUGUUUCAUUUAGCACCGCAAUUGCCGUUGAAUCAGAUAAUCUACUUCUCUGGGAUCUCAGAACACAAUCAGUCAUACAAUCUGUCCAUGCACCAAAUGUGUUCCAGAUAUUCUAUAUGAACAAAGAAAGUUUAAUAGGUUGGUUUCGAAGUGUGUGUGUGUGCUCAACCGAUUGUACUGUCUUCGAUUAGUUGAGCACACUGGUUUCAAAUAUAGUACGGUUCAUUAAUUUGGAAAUUUUCGGUGUUAUACAUCGUCAGGUGGAUUUGGCAGAGCAAAAAGUUGGAAGACUCACAAUUUACAACGCUUCCGAUUUUUCCAUUCAUUAUAACUUUGAGUACCCAUGUAGAACGUUCAAAGAAUGUGCUGUUCUAAAGGUAAUGUUGUCCGUCUUCAUUAUUUUGACGCCGAUAGUGCGGCCAAUACUCCCAAGGCGUAGCAUUAGUCUCACAGGUGAGGAAUUUUGAUAUUGAAGAGCUGAAGAAAGAGCUCCUUUAAUGUUGGCCAGAUUCAUAUGAUACUAAUGUAUACUAUAGUCCCCUGGGAGUAUGGGCUCGUUGUCCUAUGGGACAUCUCGGUAAAAGCCCGCAACUUUCACGCAAAAGUAAGGGCUCACGCAACUUUGCGUGAAGUUAGCGCUAAAGUUGCGUAAGGUUAGCGUAAAAGUUGCGGGCUUCUACCGAGAUACCUCUGGAUGAUGCCCCAUUGGAGCAAUUCACUAUUUCAAGACAGUACUUCAGGAUGGAACAACCGGAGUAGCAGUCACGCUGUUUAAAGGACACGACAGCCUUUUAGUUUUCGAUGUUGUCGAAAAAACUCAAAAAAUGAAGUUUCGACCGCGACUGUCGAAAAAGCAAAAAGAUACGAUAAUCAACAAAGUGAUAGCAAUGCCGUACAGCAAUAGCCAAGCAAGAAUUUUUCUGAGUCUUUGAAAACGAAAUGUCCUAGGUAAUCGUGGUUGAAAACGACUCUAAAGCUAGUAUAUGGGAUAUAAAAUUGAGAAAGUUCAAUCGAACUCUUUCUCAGUUCAACGGCGACGUUUCAAAUGAUGGAAAGAUGGGAUUAUUCGCGCCCGCAAAAGGCGGCCUUUUCGUAAGAGUUUUCGUUGUUUGUUGAGUUUAAAAUGCAUCCGCAGAUCAUUGAUAUGCGGACCGGACAUGCAGUCAAAACUUUGAUCGGAAAUGUGGCAGAAGGUGUGAAUGAUGUAACUUGCUCAUUUUCCCCAAACGGACAUCACGUGUUCUAUUAUCACAGUGGUCACAAGACGCUAAGGCAAGUCUAAUAAUCUGUACUAUUGUGAAAAAUGCCCGCCCGCAGGACUGGGCAAUUGGCCGGCCCGGGCUUUUCGUUGGCCGACCAUUGACCUGGACUUUUGAACCACUUGCAAUAUUCCGAUCGGACCGAAAUUUUGCAGUAUAUAUAUAUUGUAAUCUAAUACGAUUUUACUGGAACUUCAAUUAACUCUGAUUAUAUUGCGAAAUAGAGCUUUUUCUUAUAGAUUGCAAACUCUUCUAAUUAGAUUGUAAUCGAGUUUCCAGAGAUAAAAAAAAUUGGCCGGAAGCCCGGGCUUUUUGGAAAAAAUCGGCCAAUGAUCCACAUAUCUCGGGACCUGACGAUCCGAUCGGGCUGAAACUUGGUCCCAAUGGCCCUCAAUCCAAGUCAAAGAAGCCUGCAAAGUUUCGGUCCGAUCGGAAUAGAUGAAGUGGUUCAAUGUCCAGGUCAAUGGUCGGCCAACGAAAAGCUCGGGCCGGCAAAUUCUCUGGAAACUCGAUUGCAAUCUAAUUAGAAGAGUUUGCAAUCUAAUAAGAAAAAGCUAUAUUUCGCAAUCUAAGCAGAUUUAAUUGAAGUUCCAGAAAAAUCGUAUUAGAUUACAAUAUAUUUUUCCUGAAUUGCAAUCUAAUUAGAAAACAUUGCAAUCUAAUUAGAAAAAUUGCAGUGAUUGUAAUCUAAUUAGAAGAUUUUGCAAUCUAAUUAAAGCAAAUUCUAUUUCAAACGAGUUCGUAUUAGAUUGCAAAGUGUUCUAAUUAGAUUGCGAUCGAGUUCCCAGAGUUGCCCAACCCUGCCCGCCCGCAGGGAAACCCUAAAAUUGUGGAAUUAUUGCGGUUAGGCUGGUCGAACAGGCGAUUUCAGGCGCCUGCGCCUGUUUUUUCAGGCGGUUUUUUUAGGCGCUUGUUUUUUCAGGCGCUUGUUUUCUCAACGCAGGGACACAGCGGCGCGUUGAAAAAACAGGCGCCUGAAAAAACCGGCGCCUGAAAAACAUACGCCUGAAAAGCAGGCGCCUGUUCGACCAGCCUAAUUGCGGUAGUUGAAAAACGGCAUACGAUUUAUUUACAGAGUCUUCCGUGUACUCGAUUGCCAGCUAAUAGGAACUUUCCGCCCUCAUGCAACGAUCACUUGCUGGACUUAUGAUCCGGAAGGACUUUCUGUGAUAAUAGGUUUGUUUGAUUUCCUACCCAAUACUUCAAUCCAAGCCUGUAAAAUUUGAAACUGAUCGGAUUAUUUCCUAACUGGGUCCUUCAAAAAUAAGAACAUUUUUGUGCUUGCAGGCGGACAAGACGGUUCUCUACUGACAGUCAUUUUGAAUGAUCCCAUUGCCAAAGAAGAAACAUUAAAGAAAAUCAGUAUCCUGCCAUGUCGUCGACAUUUGGCUGAAUUCCUUCACAUGCCAAUCCCAGAAGAAAAUGAACUGGACAAUUUUGAUCUUAAGAAUCUCGGGGCAGUUACAACUGCUGUUACACGUUUUAAGUCAUUGCUUAAUAGCAAAAAAGAUCGGGGUGUUGCGAAAAAGUCGCACGUUUGUUCUUUAAUGUAAAACUCAUCAUUCUUAUUAAUAAAAGUCUACUGGAGUUCAAGGAUAUAUAUGUCUUGAGAGAUAAUAGAGACACGAAUUCUCCACAUGUCGUCGUCAUUCAGUCGUCUCUCUGUGUCUUUCGUCCCUUUGAGAAUAAUGUUGUCGUUGAGUUUUUCAAGCAGAAGCUGCCUGAACUGCAAAUUGAAUUUGAGGAAGCUCGUAAUUCUGUUUCUAUUGGUGAAAAAGACAAUGAACAUGCUACGUGCGGAAUUGUGUUACAUCUUUUUCACUGGAUUUUUUUUUUCAAUUUUUCAAUCAAAAAUUUGAGCGCCAAGUGUAAGAACAUGUUUCUGACAUCUAUUUUAUUUUUUUCAUUCAUUUCACAUACACUGCUUAACAUAACUGAAUUUUAACCGAACUAAAUUAUUAUUCGCAUUUUUCUGGCAAUGUCGCUCUACCGUACCUAAAAAUCCAGCAGCUACAAUUUUUUUCCAAUUUGAUAGAGCACGAUGGCCAGACUUCCAUGUUUUGAAUCUCGCGAGAUCUCGUUAUAUAUGAUUAUAGUCAAUGAUGUUCGGAUAAGUGCGAAAUUUUUUUGUGAGAUUGAUAGUUGAUUUUUUAAAAACGUCCAAAUGGAAAACUAUGAAUGAAACCUAGCAUUAAUAAAUUAAUUAAUUUUCAUGUAUUAAUCUAGCUAGGCGGACUAGCAUUUGAUUAAUAACGAAGCGCCAGAAAAAUAGGUCCGCAGUCAAAUCAUUCGAUUUCCGUACUUUUCGUGAGCUCACCCUCCUAAUCACAACACUUUUUUUAGCCCGAUCCCGAACACUUUCGCCUGAACAGUAUUUUGACGAAUUACGUGGACAGUGAAUUUAGGUAAGUACUACAUUUCAUUAAAAAAUUGCCAGUUAUGAAUCAGAAGGAAUUAA